AUUUCGCUAAGGGCCUUCGUACUUUUAAUAUGGUAUAAAUAUGCGAGAUUAAUAAUACUCAGUAUGGCUAAUAUUAAUAUUAGAUAUCCUAUAUUGUAUGAAGUUUAAGAUAAUAUUUAAAUUGAAUUAUAAAUCAUACCGGUAUUAGCUAUAGUGAGAAAAAAAAUGACAAUCAAACAAAUGAUAAAUGAUCUCUCACAUUGUAAAGUAUUUUCGUAUUAGUAUUAGUGCAAUUUUACUUGCAAUUAGAUUUUAAAUUAUGUAAUAGCUGUGACAUUCUACACAUACAAGUUAAUUUUAUAACCUAUCUUACAUUAUCCUAAAAGUAGUUUCUUAUUUAUUAUUCCAAAAAAGUUAGAAGAUUUCAGAUGCCCAGAAUUUACUUUACAAAACUCUCUGUAGUAGCGACACGUAAAGCAGCAUUUCAGGAAUGCGACUUAUAAAAAGCAAUCGUUAAAUGUGACGUAUAAAAUCAUUUAGUUAAUGCAAAUUAUAAGUCGCAUUUAUUAUUUGGCAUUUAUAUAUUAACAUUUCCGACUCUAUAGGUUUAACAUUUCUAGCUCUAUAGGGAACUGAAAGUCAAUGGAGUUUUGUCACAGAGUUCAGUUAUUGAUUCCUUUGGUUUAUGUGAUUGCUCUUUUUUCCACAAUUUUCGCUGUUGUUUCUGCAUCCAACGAGUUUUGUGAUGCCACAUUUGUUUAUGGAGAUUCUGGGUGCAAUAUUCCACCGUCAGUUUCAUCAAAGAUACUGAUAAAAGGAGGAACAGUAGUGAAUGCUCAUCAUAAGGAGGCUGCUGAUGUGUAUAUAGAAGAUGGAAUAAUCGUGGCAGUGCAGCCGAACAUUAAGGUUGGUGAUGAUACCAGAGUCAUAGAUGCAACUGGAAAAUUUGUUAUGCCAGGAGGAAUUGAUCCUCAUACACACCUUGCUAUGGAAUUUAUGGGUUCUGAGACAAUUGAUGACUUCUUCAGUGGACAGGCGGCUGCAUUAGCUGGUGGAACAACAAUGCAUAUUGACUUUGUUAUUCCCGUAAAUGGAAGCUUAUCUGCAGGUUACAAAGCUUAUGUAGAGAAAGCAAAGAGGUCAUGCAUGGAUUAUGGUUUUCACAUGGCAAUUACAAAAUGGGAUGAAACUGUCUCAGAGGAUAUGGAAAUUAUGGUCAAGGAGAAAGGCAUCAACUCUUUCAAGUUUUUCCUUGCCUACAAAGGCUCUUUUAUGGUUAAUGAUGAGCUUCUGAUGGAGGGAUUGAAGAAAUGCAAGUCCCUUGGUGCCUUAGCUAUGGUUCAUGCAGAAAAUGGGGAUGCUGUAUUUGAAGGUCAAAAAAGAAUGAUUGAACUUGGUAUUACAGGUCCAGAGGGACAUGCAUUAUCAAGGCCUCCAGUGCUGGAGGGAGAGGCUACUGCUCGAGCUAUUCGUUUGGCUGGCUUUGUGAACACUCCACUGUAUGUUGUUCAUGUCAUGAGCAUUGACGCGAUGGAAGAAAUUGCCAGAGCUCGGAAGUCAGGUCAGAGAGUUAUUGGGGAGCCAGUAGUUUCAGGUUUAGUUCUUAAUGAUUCAGUACUUUGGGACCCUGACUUCCAUUUUGCAGCUAGGUAUGUCAUGAGCCCACCAAUCAGAGCACCAGGUCAUGGAACAGCUCUUCAAGGAGCUCUUGCAACGGGGCUUCUGCAGCUGGUAGGAACUGAUCACUGUACCUUCAACUCAACUCAGAAAGCCCUAGGAAUUGGUGAUUUCCGGAAAAUACCAAAUGGUGUUAAUGGUAUGGAGGAAAGGAUGCAUUUGGUUUGGGAUACUAUGGUGGCAUCUGGUCAAAUAUCUGUCACUGAUUAUGUUCGCAUAACAAGCACUGAAUGUGCUCGGAUUUUCAAUAUCUAUCCAAGGAAGGGAGCAGUACUACUUGGGUCUGAUGCAGAUAUAAUCAUAUUAAAUCCAAAUUCGAGCUUCGAGAUUAGUUCAAAGUCACACCAUUAUAGAACAGAUACCAAUGUCUAUGAGGGUUGGAGAGGCAAGGGAAAGGUUGAAGUUACAAUUGCAGGAGGAAGGAUUGUUUGGGAAAAUGAUGAGCUGAAAGUUGUUCCUGGUGCUGGCAAGUACAUUGAAAUGCCACCUUUUAGUUAUCUCUUUGACGGGAUAGACAAGGAAGACGCAAAGUACCUGUCUUCCUUAAGAGCACCAGUAAAACGGUCAACAACUUGAUUUAGCAGGAAAAGAAAUGUGUUUCUAUUCACUUGUAAAUACAGAACCAUAAGGACAUUUGCGCUCCUGCAGUUGUAGCUAGGCCAUUGGGCACAUAAUGUUAUUUAGUCAAAUUGAUGUUUAUUCCAUAAAGGAUAUUGUACAAUGUUGUAUAGCUGGAUUACUGAAUGGAGAUUAAGAUUUUACCUCA